UUAUUUUUUCACUUUUCAAAAUUUUCACUUAUAAAUAUUCUUGUUUAUAACAUUUCUUCUCUAUCCUUCGGAAACUCAAACCCUCAUUUCCAUUGUUUUUCUUCACAAACUCGAUGGAGAAACCUUUGGUUGUUAGGAAUGAUAAGGUGAUCAAUUAUAUAAAUGAUGACGUUGCUUUACUCAUUCUAUCGAAAUUGUCGUUUAAAUCUUUGAAGCGAUUCGGAUGUGUUCGUAAAUCAUGGUCUCUCUUAUCUAACAAUCCUAGUUUCAUGAGUAUGUAUAGCCGGAAUUUCUUCUCCAAAUGUUCUUAUGACGAUGAUACAUCUCUCCUCCUACAUCUCCAUGGUUUAAAAAAAAUGUAUUCUCUUUCCGGUGACAGUUUUGAGAAUAUGGUCGAGCUAGAUUGGCCCGAUCAAAUCGAUAACUUGGCGUUUCUUGGUUUUGGCAGUGUUAAUGGCAUACUUUGUUUUGAACAACCUCUUAAGAACAAAAUUGUAUUGUGGAGCCCUGCUACUAAUGAGUUGAAGGUCAUUCAUUCAAGCCAACCUAUGUCGUUUUCUCCGCCGGUUACACUUAAUUUUGACUGUGCAGUAAGUUUUAUUCCUAUUCCUAAUCUUCAAGGGUUUGGUUAUGACUCUGUUGGAGAUGACUAUAAGUUGAUUCGAAAUAUAUCGCUUACAGAUAGGUUCCACACUCUUCCGUCUGAUAGAGAUUUAAUAUUGAUGGAAGAUAAAUCAUUAAAGCCCUUUUGGGAGAUUUAUAGCUUAAAAAGUAACUCUUGGAAGAAGCUUGAAAUCGAUAUGCCAAGUUGUGCUAAGACUAAUUCUUUUUUUGGGACUUUUCGACUAUACUCUGACGGAGUAUGUCAUUGGUUGAAUUUAGAUGGAGAAAAUGAUUAUGUCGGGUUAUCUUUAAUAUCAUUUGAUUUGAGCAAUGAGGUGUUCAUUAACACACCCAUUCCCUCAAUCGCCACCAUUCCCUUAUCUGUCGCAGAGCCGUGUGCGGGAUUGUUGGUGUUAAAUGACUCCAUUGGCUUUUUCACGUAUCAUUCGGAUAUGUCUGCUAUGACAUCUACCGUUGGCGUAUCAGUCUUAGGUGAACUCGGUGUCAAGGAAUCGUGGUACAAGCUCUUCACUGUUGGACCGCUCCCUUGGUUUGAGAUUCCUAUAGGAGUGGGGAAGAUGGGUGAAGUAUUCUUUAGAAAUGAAGACUCUGAAUUAGUUUGGUUUGAUUUUAAUACCAACACGAUUAAGCACCUUGGAUUCAAAGCAGGCCGAGUUAACUGCCGAAUUAAUUCUUUUGGUCGGAUAGUAAUUUAUAACAAAAGUAUGGUUUCAAUUGGAGCAAUAAGCAAAUAAUUGUAUUAGAGUGUUGGAUGAAAUCACACUUACGCAUAUAGCCUUUGUUUCUGCAUGAUUUGUUUACUAGGAUAGCAUGCGAAUAGUCAAUUUAAUGUUUCUGCAAUCACAAAACAUCAGAAAAUAUAAGCUUAGAGGAUUGUAUUGCUCAGGUCAUUGAUCAUAAAAAUGAUACUGAAAUUGUUGAGGUGC